CUCUCGAAUCGUACGGUCUCCGAUGCCAGUCGCGUUUCUGCACUUCUACGUAGCCGGUGUUGCCCGCACGGCGUUUCUCUCCCACUCCCGUCACGGUUCCUCCGUUGUGUCCGCUUUUGUUUAGCGCGAGCGCGCGCGCGCGCGUGUACACGAAUCCUUUCUGGCGAACGCGCCCACGGUUGUAAACACUUUCUAUUCUGACCUCGCUGGGUAGAUCGAAACGUGGGCGACGAGGCAGAGGUGGCCCCGGAGUGAACAGCCCGGGGAAAGAGUGACACACAGAAACACUCACACGUCUAUAGAAACACACAACACAUUCAUAGUAACACAACACACACACGCAUACAUACACACAACAGUGACAAUUCUGUGCGAGUUUUUAUCGGCCGUUAGAAUCGCGAGAAUCGAAUCACGAGAAUGACAGUGAACGUCAGGGUCGUAACGGACUGUCGCGUGUACCAGCCUCCAGUGAACCGCGAUCGAACGGGAUCCUAGUUGUUUGGUGUGGCUGUACCGCGGUGGGACACGCGCGUGUAAUGUCAGUGAACAAGGAACGCUGACUUGCCGCCGUUCACCGAGGUCUCGGCGGCGAAAGUUUUCCGUGGUUUUUCUCGUCGACCACGGUUACCGAUCGAACCUCCUCCGUUCUGACUGUGCGAAUCUACCUGUACGCUGUCUUUCGGCUGUAUUUCCACGUACAUACGCGGGUCCUGGCGUCGAUUCCCCGUUGCCAAUCGGACACUGGUCGGCGGUACGAGUGUCUCUUCGUGCACGGUGGCACGUAUGUGUGUCUUGUACACGCGCGACCCGUGGCCAAGUCGAAUUUCGGUUACGAUCCACCGUGCCGUCGGGGAGAUUACGGAUCGCGGUGUGCAGCCUGUACACCAUAAAGGGUGCAACAGGACACUCGCGUUAGGUUAGGUCGGAGCCAUCGAGAUCGAACUGGUUCUACGCGUAAUCCGUCGGACAGAGAGAGAGAGAGAGAGGGGGAGAAAGAGAGAGGAUACUCUGGUUUUUCGGUGGUCUUACGUGCGGGAAGAGGAUCAGCGGACGGUUAUGAUGGGUGUACUGAGGUGGAGGCACGAUCUCAGAUCGGAUGCCGGCCAACAGCAACAACAACGGCCAAACGUGGACCGGUCCUCGACAGGACACAAUAAUCAUGCGCAUGCGCACCCGCACACGCACACACUGCCGAAACUGAUAUCGCAGACGCCUCGGGAGGAUCGAGCAGCGUCGAGUCCUGGUAGUCAGAAUAAUCACACACCGACGCCGUCCCCGUCGCCGGUGGGUGAUGCGCCAGUCGGCAGGGCACUUAUGGAGGCUGCGCUGCAGCAGGCCACUUCCGGAUCUCAGCCACCUCUGGUGGUGACACCGCCUGGAUACUGGGUCGACGGUACCGAUCACCGACACGCCCUGGACUCGGCCGGCCGGGCGUUACUUCCGGCGCAACCUGCAUGGCAACCGAGGAUAGACCAAGACGACACGGCCAAAUGCUACAGGCGAUUCUUCGUUGGCAGGGAGCACGUGAACCUGGUAGGAAGGGACGGAGAGAACGGCCCGGUCCUCGUCUCGGUGAAGGCCGAGACGGUCGCCGGACAGGAGCACUGGCGAGUCCUGUUGCGACUGCGGGCUGGCUCGACCCACGAAUUAGUGCCGGCCGCGAACCUCAGCCCGAAUCCGUCGCCGGCAAAAAUGGUCAAGGCGAUCAACGAAUCCCUGAACGUGAGCACGCUGAUGCCGGUCGUCUGUUCCGGUGCCGGCACGCUGAUAGCACGAUACGACGAGCACGCCCUCGUCUCGAGGUUUAAAUUCGGCGUUCUUCAUCAACGCGCCGGACAAGUGACCGAGGAACAACUCUUCGGGAACAGGCAGAUCACGCCCGCCUUCCAGGAGUUCCUCGACUUGCUGGGUCAAAACAUCGAUCUGAAGGACCACAAAGGAUAUCGUGGCGGUUUAGACACUCGACACGGACAAACCGGCGACUCCGCGGUCUAUGAGGUAUUCCGAGGGCGAGAAGUCCUCUUCCAUGUUGCCUCGCUGCUACCGUACAGUCCAGGGGAUUCUCAACAAUUACAGCGCAAAAGACACAUCGGCAAUGACAUCGUUGCGAUAAUAUUCCAAGAAGAGGCAACACCUUUCAGCCCAGAUAUGAUUGCCAGUCACUUCUUACACGCAUUCAUCGUGGUGCAAGUCGUCGACCCCUGCACUUCCAAUACGAGGUACAAGGUGAGUGUGACUGCGCGAAAUGACGUUCCAUGGUUCGGUCCGGCGCUACCAACGCCGGCGGUGUUUUUGCGUGGAGUCGAAUUCAAGGAAUUCCUUUUGACGAAGUUGGUGAACGCUGAAAACGCGGCGUAUAAAGCCGAGAAGUUCUCAAAACUCGAGCUAAGAACGAGGUCAGCGCUUUUGGAGUCGCUGACGGAGGAGCUGCAAGCGAAGACCGCAGAAUUUCUUGGCGGAGCGAUUGGAUUGGGUGGCACCGGGUUAGGAUUCGGCAGCAAUUGUCCAGUGAGCCCAACGGCGAGCGAUACGUCAGGGUCAGGGAGCGGCGGGAGCGGUUCUAGGUUCAUCGAUACGGUCAGAAAAGCGCUGAUAUCACGUGUCAGGAAUGCAUCGACGGAGAGCGUGCCGCAACAGUUAUCAAAGAAGGGUCAGUCCGAGCCCAGCCCGCCGAGUAAUCGGCAAUCGACCACGAAGAUUAGCGGGAAACGUUCGGUGGAACCGUCGAGUCCCUUGGGCUCCCCGGAUUUGACCCUUCGAAGAGACUCGGAACGCGGAAGCCCUAGUUUAGGAAGUCAGGACAGUAGCUUGUCCAACACAGACAAUCAAGAUAGCAGUUUAGCUACCCUGCAGCAGGACGAGGUGGAUCGCAGGGAAUCCACGGUGUCGGUUUGCGUCAACAAUGACGCAACGAUCGCGGAUAAAGCUCCCGUACAGUCCGUGCAGAGAUUGACCCACGAGAACCUGCGGAAACAGGAGAGGUCGGAGAAGACCGAGACCACGCAACGCGUUAUUUCCGAGAGUGACGACAGUUCGUUGAACAGCGAACUGGAACUCGAUCAGGCUGUAUAUCCGGACAGCGAUACCGGCCUUGAAUCGAUGAGCUCCGCGGAGACCCACGACACCGCGCGAUGCACCACCAAAGACGGUGUCUUGGAGAAUGAGAACCUGAGGAUGGAAGUUACUAGGCUGAAGUGCGACAAGUUGGACCUACUUAGGCAGAAUGUGACUUGUCAACGUGACAUAAAACGUCUACGCGAGAAAGAGCUUCAGUUGCAGUCGGACCUGGCGGCCGCCUCAAAGGAAAUAUUGCGAUUACGAGCGAUGUUGAAAGAAUGUUCAACGAGUAUUCCAUUGGACAACAAUAACCAACAAACGUCUACCGUUUAAAUGUUAUUUUAACGUGUGUUUAGUACACCUAUUAUUGGCGAGUAACUUGCUGUUACUAUUAUUAGAUUUUAUGAAUUAGUUAGGGCGCAGUAGUUGAGAACUUUGUGCACACACUUAAUUUCUCGGAAUUGCUUCUAUUAAAGGAAACUUUCCGGAACGGCUUUUCUGAAAGUGUGAAAAUUCGCAAUCGAAAUGCUUUACGUUUGGUCCUUAAUUUGUAAGAUUGAUCUUCAUUAGAUAGAAGUUGGUACAAAAGCAGGAUGCCAGGGGGAGGAGGUAUUGUCUGUGAAUGGCAUUUAGAGAUGAAACAAAAGUGAGUCUGCGAUAUAUAAUUAUAGCGACGCGUCUUUCGAGAUAUUUGCAGCGGAGCUAAUUGUUACUUGUAGUAUAAUACUUGUUUGAAUUUUAACCAUAUUAUUUAUCAAUUAAUUUAUUAAUACAGAUAAGUUAACCUCUAAUAGUCAAUAUAAUUACAAGUAUAUAUGGUCACGCAAUCACGUAUUUACGUGAAUGUAGAUAGAAAAAUUCAAAGAAAUAGAUGCAUCUUGUCAUUAUAAUAUUAGAAACGCUAGUAUCAAACAAGUAAAAUGGCCUUUAGACUUAGCAUUUCCGAAACUAAGUGUAAACACAUAGAAUCGAGUAUAAUACAUUUUAUCUGUAAUUAAAUGUUCAUAAAUGCUACAUGUACGUAUACAUAUAUUCCCUAUAUGUAUACUUAUACGUAGUAUUUUUAUAUAUGAUGUAAUAUAUGCAGUCGUCGUGUUGUUACACCACGAGGAAUCUGCAUAUUGUCCCAUAAAACAGUAUAAAGCGUGUGAUACGUGUAUCAACUUAAUAAUGUCAACUAAUUAUGGGCUCUAGAAAUGUGUUUUAUCGAUAUAUUUCUGACGUCUCAUGUUGAAACACGGAUAUGUAUCGUUAGUUACAGUAUUUAUUGUGGUAAAUUUACCAAAACCAUUACUAGUUUCUUUUUAGUAUUAGUCCGCAACAAUUCUAGGAGAUACGAAUGCCUCGUUAAUUAAUCUUCCGGUAUCAUUAGCCAACCUAGACUAAGAUUAGGUUUUCUAACUAUUCGGACAGUUACAAUGAUUUAGCUGCACCAAAUUGUUUAAGGGCACACAGCGUAUUAAUGUGUCAGUAGCGUUACGAAUGGGAUACGUAUUAUCGUUCGCUAUUCACAACUACGCAAACGCAAACUAAAUGUAAUUCAUCUGCUUAGUGAUGCACUUUUUAUUUUCAUUAACUUUCACUGAUGGUAUUAGUAUGAUUUAUGAUUAUUAUUAUUAAUAUUAUUAUUAUCAUUAUUAUUAUUAUUAUUAUUAUUAAUAUUAUUAUUAGUAAUCAC